UUGUCACUGAUGUUGCAGUUGGUGUGAAGAGAGGAUCUGACGAACUUCUUUCAGGCAGUGUACUCAAUAGCCCGAACUCUAACAUGAGCAGCAUGGUAGUUACUGCCAAUGGUAAUGACAACAAGAAAUUCAAAGGUGACGAUAAAAUGGAUGGAGCUCCUUCUCGUGUUCUUCAUAUCAGGAAAUUGCCUGGGGAAGUGACAGAAACAGAAGUAAUUGCUUUAGGUUUACCUUUUGGUAAGGUAACCAACAUCCUGAUGCUGAAAGGGAAAAAUCAGGCAUUUUUGGAACUUGCUACAGAAGAAGCAGCUAUCACUAUGGUUAAUUACUACUCUGCUGUGACGCCUCAUCUUCGUAACCAACCGAUCUAUAUCCAGUAUUCCAAUCACAAAGAACUAAAGACUGAUAACACACUUAACCAGCGGGCCCAAGCUGUUCUUCAGGCAGUGACAGCUGUGCAGGCAACAAAUGCUCCCAUUAGUGGGACCACUGUUAGUGAGAGUGCAGUGACUCCAGCUCAGAGUCCAGUACUUAGAAUAAUUAUUGACAAUAUGUACUAUCCAGUAACCCUGGAUGUUCUUCACCAGAUAUUCUCUAAAUUUGGUGCUGUAUUGAAGAUAAUCACAUUCACAAAGAAUAACCAGUUUCAAGCUUUACUGCAGUUUGGCGAUCCAGUAAAUGCACAGCAAGCAAAACUAGCCUUAGAUGGUCAAAAUAUUUAUAAUGCUUGCUGCACCCUACGGAUUGAUUUUUCCAAAUUGGUGAAUUUGAAUGUCAAGUACAACAACGAUAAAAGCAGGGACUACACUCGUCCUGAUCUUCCAUCUGGUGAUGGACAGCCAGCGCUGGACCCAGCUAUUGCUGCAGCAUUUGCAAAGGAGACCUCUCUUCUAGCUGUUCCAGGAGCUCUGAGUCCUUUGGCUAUUCCAAAUGCUGCUGCUGCAGCUGCAGCUGCUGCUGCUGGCCGUGUGGGAAUGCCUGGAGUUUCGACUGGUGGCAAUACAGUCCUCCUGGUUAGCAAUUUAAAUGAAGAGAUGGUUACGCCCCAAAGUCUGUUUACCCUCUUCGGUGUUUAUGGUGAUGUGCAGCGUGUGAAGAUUUUAUACAAUAAGAAAGACAGUGCUCUUAUUCAGAUGGCUGAUGGAAACCAGUCACAGCUGGCCAUGAGCCAUCUUAAUGGACAAAAAAUGUAUGGAAAGAUUAUUAGAGUUACCCUUUCUAAACAUCAGACAGUACAACUGCCUCGAGAGGGACUUGAUGACCAAGGGCUGACAAAAGAUUUUGGUAAUUCACCUCUGCAUCGCUUCAAGAAACCUGGUUCAAAAAACUUUCAAAAUAUAUUCCCUCCUUCUGCAACACUUCAUCUGUCUAAUAUUCCACCAUCAGUAGCAGAAGAGGAUCUGCGCACGUUGUUUGCUAACACUGGAGGCACUGUGAAAGCAUUUAAAUUUUUUCAAAGAGAUCACAAGAUGGCACUUCUUCAGAUGUCAACAGUAGAAGAAGCUAUUCAGGCUUUGAUUGAUCUUCACAAUUACAAUCUGGGAGAAAAUCACCAUCUGAGAGUUUCUUUCUCUAAGUCAACUAUUUAAAAAAGCAGAUUGAAAGUGAGGGUGUAUUGCAUUGUUUGGUGUUGUCAACUAUUGACUGUUCAGGAAAGUGGGGACCAGAGUUUGUCUUUUGUUGGUUUUUUUCAAUUUUUUUUUUUUUCAUGCUGUUAUCAUUCCUUCGUUGUUUUAAAAAAAUAAUAAAAAAAAUGUAAAAAGCAGUGACACUAACUGCUGUUGUUCAACUGUUGUUUAGGUAAACCAUCAUUUUGUUUAAAAGAUUUCAAGUUAAUACCACAGUUUUUCAACUUAGUUGAAGUACGUGCCUUAAAAAGGAAAACUAGUACUGCUGGAAUUGCAUAACUAGUAAAAAGCAAAUUUGGUUGUCUAGGGCACAUUGUUACAUGAUAAUUUAAAUAUGUUUAGACAGGGGUGUGUAAAAAGGUUAAGCUUUUGUUUCUCUGGCUUGAUAGAUUUCUUUAUCUGCUGGCUUGUCACUUAUUUUUCUCUUUAAUUGGAUAAGAUGCGUUAUGCCGAAAGAGUAAAAUGACGUUAUUUGAUUUGUGCUACUUUUUGUUUGUGCCCUUUUUUUUAAAAAGGCCUUUUAUAUUUCAUGGUUCUGGUCUAGAUUCAGUUAUGAAUGUAGGCAUUAGUUAAAAUUAACGAGGUACAGUAUAUUAAUUUCUUAAAUGACAAAAAAUUACUUCUGUGACUGAGCCCUACGUGAAAAGCAUUGUGGAAUCUUAACCUUUUUGUACACACUCUUGUGGGAUGUAUCAUAUAAAUGUCAGCACUAAGUAAUGUCUUGUUUGUGGCUGAAUAUUUUUUCGUAGAUGUUUUUGAAGUUGACAUGACUUAUGUGCAUUUCAAUAUAUAUUGCCAUCUUUAGUUUGUAAUUAAGAUAUGGAAUAUGGUUGUGGAUUUCUGAGCAUGUACAGACUGGUCAAGCUAGUUCAGGAGACGGUGCAUGUAUUUUUCAAUGAUGAAGAAAGUUUGCUGCAAAUGCUCGCAGGAAAUUUUGUGGCAGUUUUCUAAAACUGACAACCAGGUGGGACCAAAGUUUAUGUGCCUUUAGUCUUAAUUUACCUUGCAUUGUAAUAUUCAGUUUUAAUAAAUCUCUUCAAAAUAUUUUGUAUUUAGAAAUUGAUCUGACUUUACUAUAAACAUGGCUCAGAAUCUACAGAUCCAGUUUAUUUGAAAGCAGUUCUCUGUCAUUCUGAACUGUUACCUUGAUUCUGUUAAAAUGACCAAUACUUUUUGAAAUUGAUGUACUUAAGUUUCAAGAUUCAUAGAUUCUGUUAGCUAUGUAGAAAAAAAAAAUGGUCAUGUAUAUUUUCUAUUAGUUGAGUUUUUACAUCUUUAGAAUUGUAAAAUUCAGUAUAGUUUGAAAGUGGCACAAUUAAAAAUUAAUUUUCUAACAAA